AUUGCUGUGCUGUGGUACCAGAGUGGGAGCCUUGUAUAGUUUAGAUUCCAUUUUAACAAUGCGAGAGAAUCUGUCCACACCACUGUUUUGUGGCUUCUACCUCGAGAAUAGAUUUUCCAGUCGAAUGUGGUCCAUUAUUUAAUAUGUUAAUGUCUGUAUUGUGAAGAUCAAUUCCUGGUUUUACCAACUGUAAAACUUGCAUGCCCAUCUGGAUAGAUGGUACCAGAAAAGGCAGUGCUGGUGAGGAUCUUGUUUUGCACAAAGUGUUGUCUAGUUAGGCUUGUUCUUCAGUGUUAAUUCUAUGUAUUCAUUGGAUGAGCAGCAUCAUCCUCUGUAAAACACGCAGAAUGAAAUUCAAUGAAUUUGCUGGAUGAACAUGUACGGAAAGCAACUGAUGACUUUUGUUUGGUUCAGGUUAAUCCAGUUGAGUAGCAUCAAAAGUUGCUGAACAAUCAAAAUCUAUUAGGCAGUAUUGUCCUUUGUUCAUCUGUUAAUAUUUGACACUUAUGAUAAAAGCCCUGAAACUCCCCAUCUUUUGGGUGUCCCAGUUCUCUUAAUGGAGUUGUGAGGGAGCAUAGCAAGGGACCCAUCAAAAAGACUACAGCCAUUGGCUUGUUGCAUCUGCCACGCUCCAUAUGAAAUGACUAAUUAAUUGAAGUUUAACGUUAUAAUUAACACAAUUGUUUGGUCUUAUAAGUAAGCUUUAAAGAAUGAUGUUGGAGGAGAAAAUUCAAAAACAGUGGUGGGUGUGGGCCUGCCUCUUUGAAGGAGGCAUCUUUGUCAACUAAGCAUAAAGACCUUUCUCACUUUAAUAGCUCCUCCAGGCUCACACUUCCCUGAAUUUCUUAUUUUUACUUUUAUCUUCAUUCCUGUUCUCCAACAAUUUACAAUUGAAGCAUCUGAAAAGAUGGGAUUGCUCUGUCAGUACAGCAGAAGCAGUUCUUAGAUCCUUUUCUUUGUCUCUGUCUCUCUUUUUCUUUGUGCAACAUGAGAUUUAACUUGUUACCUUACUUCUUUUCUAUAUGAAUAUCUUAUCGGUUUUAAUCACAUAAUAAACAAAUAUAUGGCUCUUGCUAACCGUCCUAAGAAGGAGACAUCGAAAACUGGAUUCAAGAAGCCAAAGAGCAUGCUUCUCACAGGAACUAGCCUUGCUUCUGUUGAAUCCUUAUCACUCCCUCUUGUCCAGGAAGUUGUUCUUUCAGCAGAUAUUCGAUGCUCUGAAUGUCAAAAGAGAGUGGCUGAGUUUAUGUCAAAAAUGAAUGAUACUGAAUCUGUCUUGGUUAAUGUGUUGGAGAAAAAAGUAACUCUUACUUGUAGAUAUCCUGCUCUUAAAGUAUCCACGAGUCAAGUUGCUGCUGUAUACAGGAAUCCUCUCAGAAAAAUGACUCUGAUCAAGCGGAUAUUUCGCUCUGCCUGCAGUUGAUUACACCUAAAAAGUUUCCAACAUUAGAUAUACAGUGCUAUAUAUUCUCAAAAGAGUGUAUCAGGUUGACUCAGCUAUGUACAUAAUUGUGAUGUAACAUUGAAGAAUAAGGAAGAACCUGAGAUAUCGACUGAAAGCUGUAGAAUAAAGAGUCUCAGAAUUUUCUUUUUCUUUCUUUUUGUUUUCUAUAUAGUCACAGCUUGAUUGUAAAAGUUCUAUGUAAAAGUUUCUUUCUUCCCGAGUAGUUAGAACAUGCACGUCAGGCUUACCUUCUUUUAAAGUGAUAUUAAAAUUUCUUCUCUUCUUUGUUGUCUAA